UGUGCGACACAGUUUCUCCCUCAGAAAGUAAGAGAGCUCUGUCUCCAGCCCGUCGCCCUCCCUCCCAUCAGCACAGGGUGUGGGCGCUGCUGAAAUAGUUGUUACGUGCUGAUGUCUCACCGACCAAUGCGGUGAUCUGGAGAAGAAUUUUGUUUUUCUCUACUGCUAUUUACAUUAUACUAUGGCUUGCUAAACCCUUACAAAAGGAAGGGGGCAUCUUUCUUAGGGGUACUAAAUACCACCACUUUAGUUAUAGUUAAUACAGAAAGCGUAGCAUUUAUGGCCAUAAUGGAUUAUAGAGUAUUUCUUACAAUGAAAUGUAGCAAUCAACUUAAAAAAGAUCUUAGCACUGAAGAGCUAGCGUUUUACUAUCCUACCUGAAUUGUAUAUAAGAGAAAGAAUAGAGUGUAGGUAGAAGUAAGAGCUCCCAGUGUGCAUGCCACCAUAAGAUUGUGCUGGCUAACUAGAUGUGGUUCAGUAGCACUGAAAUCUUUGCAUUCACUGCAUGUUUUUAUUAGAACUGUGUUGCAGAAUAGGAAACGUAACUGAUAAUAUAGUAACUAUCUCCCUAGGAAAGAUGCCCCCUUCCUUCCCUUUCACAAACCAUGGCAAAUGAGAUUUUGGACAGACGCCCAGACCUUGCUAAGAGGUUGAAGUCAAACCCAAGCAUGUGCAAAAUUACCUUGGAAUUCUCAUGUGAACUCUACCGUCUCUCUACAUUUAGCUCCUUUCCAAGCAAUACACAUGUGUCUGAGCGCAACCUUGCAAAAGCUGGUUUUUAUUACACCGGGCAAGAUGACAAGGUCAAGUGCUUUACCUGCGGCUUGAUGCUUGAUAAUUGGAAGAAAGGUGACAAUGCAUUUGAAAAGCACAAAAAGUUGUAUCCCAGCUGUAGUUUUAUUCAGAAUGUCCCUUCAGUGAAUCUUGGCGCAUCUCUGUACUCUGCCUUCUCACCACCUGCCUCCAACAGUACAUCCAUGCCUGCUGCUUCUGCUGAAAAUGACAAAGUUGAGGCAAUCACUUUGAAAUAUAGUAGCAUUCCCCAAGAUCCAGUCACGCUAAGGGGCAUUGAGGAUCUGUCGCACGUCAGGAUCAGUGAAUACAUGUAUACAGAAGAAGCCAGGCUUAACAGUUUCCAAGAGUGGAGCAAUAUGUUCCUUACUCCUGCUGAACUCGCAAAAGCUGGCUUUUAUUUUGUUGGGCCCGGAGACAAAGUCGCCUGCUUUACCUGUGAUGGGAAAUUGAACAACUGGGAGCCAAAUGACAAUGCCAUGUCAGAGCACAGACGACAUUUUCCCAAUUGCCCCUUUGUGAAGUCCUCUACAAGGGUUUCCUCAAGGUUCAGCGUUUCAAAUGUCAGCAUGCAGGCCUCCUCGGCUCGACUCAAAACUUUUGCCAGUUGGCCGCCCAGAAUUCCCAUAAGCCCAACACGGCUCGCAGAGGCUGGAUUCUACUACGUUGGGAGAAAUGACGAUGUUAAGUGCUUUUGCUGUGACGGAGGCCUUCGUUGCUGGGAGUCUGGAGAUGACCCAUGGGUUGAACAUGCAAAAUGGUUUCCUAGGUGUGAGUAUUUGUUGCAUAUAAGAGGUCAAGAUUAUGUUCGAGAGGUUCAAGAAAGAUAUCCACAUCUUCUUGAUCAGUUGCUGUCAUCUUCAGAAAACCAAAAUGAAGCAAAGAACAUACCCAUUAUUCGAUUGGGAACGGAGAAUAGCCAGGAAGAUGAAAUCAUGAUGAGCACUCCCAUGGUUCAGACUGCCUUGGAGAUCGGAUUCAAUAGAAGAUUAGUAAAACGAACCGUUCAAAGUAAAAUUUUGACAUCUGGGGAAAAUUAUAGUCAGCUUGAUGAUUUAAUAAGUGAUCUCCUUAUUGCACAAGAAGAACAGACCGAGGAAGAGCGAAACAGACAGGCAGAAGAAAACUCAUUGGACGAUAUCUCUGUAAUACGAAAGAGCAGAAUGGCUUUGUCACAGCACAUAGCUAGCCGAAGCAUUCCAAUCCUGGAUUAUCUGCUCUCUUCCAACGAUAUCACCGCUGCUGAAUACGAAGCCAUAAAGCUGAAAACACAGCCUAUUUUGCAGGCACAAGAAAUGAUUGAAACUAUAAUAACUAAAGGAAAAACAGCAGUUCAGACAUUGAAAAACUGUCUCCAGAAACACGAUCCAAAUCUCUUCAGACAACUAUUCACUGAACAGUCUCUGAAAUGCUUAUCAUUAGAUGAUUAUUCAGAUUUAUCUAUGGAAGAACAACUAAGGAGGCUACAAGAAGAACGAACCUGUAAAAUAUGUAUGGAUCAGGAGGUUUCAAUUGUCUUCAUACCCUGUGGCCAUCUGGUAGUUUGUAAGGAUUGUGCCCCUUCGCUCAGGAAGUGCCCAAUAUGCAGAGGCACAAUUAAAGGCACUGUUCGGACUUUCCUUUCAUGAACUGGUACAGGGAUCGUUCAACACAUCUCGAUUGCCUUAGAAGAAUGCAGUUAUGAUCCAAUUAUUACCUUUAUUAAAGGUAUUUGGGACAUUGCUUUAUACAAUACAAUAAAACAAUGUGUUUGACUAUAUCA